GAAUACUUCCGGUGAAAUUCCGGUUGAAAUCAAGGACACUCCAGAAAAGGAUACCUCUGGUGAAAUUCCAGUCGAAAAAAUUGGUGAAAAUCCGGUUGCAAACAAUUUGGCCAAAGCCUCGUAA